GAACAAGCUACUUGGAAACACAGUUUCAAAUCUUCAGCUAAUAGUCGUUGUGAACUGUUAAACUCCAUCAUCCAAUGGCUUCUUCUUCAAACACCGAAAAGGCUUAUGACGUCUUCCUAAGCUUUAGAGGGGCAGAUUUGCGUAAGAGCUUCGUCGGCCAUCUCUACCAAGCUUUAAACCAGAAAGGAAUACACACUUUCCGAGAUAAUGAGGAGCUGAAAAAGGGAGACCAAAUAUCACCAGCGCUUAUGAAGGCCAUCGAAGAAUCGUGCAUCGCAAUCAUCAUUUUCUCUGAUGACUAUGCUUCUUCAAAGUGGUGCUUGGAAGAGGUGGCGAAGAUUAUGGAGUGUAGGGAGCCAAAGAACCUUACUGUUCUCCCAGUGUUUUAUAAGGUGGACCCAAGAGAAGUGAGACAAGGAAGACAUAGUUAUCAAAGAGCUCUAAAUAAGCAUGAAUCCAAGCUUGGGAAGAAUUCAGAGAAAGUGACGAGAUGGAAGGAAGCUCUUUUUGCCGCUAGUAACUUGUCUGGGUGGCAUUUGAACGAUGGGUAAGUAGA